AUGAAGGAUUUAGCAGCCCUGGAUAACACCAGCAAUGAGGCCUUUAAACUUCUCAAGCAACUGAAUGUGCAUUUGGAGCAAGAAUGCAAGUACCAGCCGAAGGAGAAGGGCUUGAUCCUUAUAGAGUCCACUGCAGAGAAUGAUAAUACAAUCUGUCCAAAAUCCAGAAACGCAAAGGUAGAAGACUUGUGGAGUUUAACAAACUUCUAUGGCUUCCGUAUGGAGACCUUUGUCUUGGCUGUGAACAUCUUGGAUCGGUUUUUGGCUAUCAUGAAAGUGAAGCCAAAGCACUUGUCCUGUAUUGGUGUUUGCUGCUUCCAACUAGCAGCCAGAGUUGUAGAGGAGGAAUGCAAUAUCCCAUCCACCCAUGAUGUCAUCCGCAUCAGCCAAUGUAAAUGCACUGUGUCCGACAUUAAACGUAUGGAGAAAAUCAUAUCCGAAAAACUGCACUUUGAAUUCAAAGCUACCACUGCCUUAACUUUCUUGCACUUAUACCACACUUUAGUACUCUGCCAUUCCUCUGAAAGGAAAGAAGUAUUAAAUCUUGACAAACUGGAAGCUCAGCUGAAAGCUUGCAACUGCCGGCUCAUUUUUUCCAAAGCAAAACCCUCAGUGUUAGCCUUGUGCCUUCUUACUCUUGAAGUAGAAACCUUGAAGUCUCUGGAACUGUUUGAGAUUGCUCUGCAUGUACAGAAACAUUCAAAGGUAAAGGACACAGACAUGCUGUAUUGGAGAGAGCUUGUUUCCCAAUGCCUAGCAGAUUAUUCGUCCCCAGAAUGCUGCAAACCGGACCAUAAAAAGCUUGUAUGGAUUGUAUCCAGGCGUACUGCACAGAACCUUCACAAUAGUUAUUACAGUGUUCCAGAGUUGCCAACCAUUCCAGAGUAUGGCUUUAUGAAUGAAAGUGAGAGUGAGGACUCAUGUGAAGAUAUGAGCAGUGGGGAAGACAAUUUAAGCAGCUCUCCACCAAGUGACCUUGAGGUUUCCUUCUUUUUUGAUGACUGCAAGCCAAAACUCAAACGUCGUAGUCGUCACCUCUAUCCUUUGUAA